UCAACAUGAACAACAUGAACGAUGGCUGGUACGGAGCUCUGAAGGAGACCGUCCAGCAGCAACAGAACCAGUUGGUCUGGGUGUCAGAGGGCAAGGCGGACGGCGCGCCGGACGAUGACCUAGACAUCCAUGAUGACCGUCUGUCAUAUCUGUCAGCCCCGGGCAGUGAGUACUCCAUGUACAGCACGGACAGCCGCCACACUUCUGACUAUGAGGACACGGACACAGAGGGCGGGGCCUACACUGACCAGGAACUAGACGAGACGCUCAAUGACGAGGUUGGCCUGCCCACUGAGCCAGCCAUCACCCGCUCCUCAAGCCAGUCAGAGAGGACCCGCCAGUCAUCCAGGGACCCCUCGUCUGGUGGUUACUCUGGAUACCAGCACGCGCCGGCCAACUGCGUCGACCCGUCCGGUUCAAGAUGUCCGCCAUCCUCCAGGUAG